AUGUCUGCCUCCAACGAUCUUCCAAAGAUGCAAUACCGCUUCCUCGGUCGCUCUGGCCUCCAAGUCUCCGCCAUCUCCCUCGGCGGCUGGCUCACCUAUGGCUCUGCCGGCGGCGGCCACGUUGAUAACUCUGGCACCUUCUCCUGCAUGAAAGCGGCCUACGACAGCGGCAUCAACUUCUUCGACUGUGCGGAGGGCUAUGCCGGCGGCGAGAGCGAACGUGUGAUGGGUGAAUGUAUCAAGAAGUACGGCUGGAAGAGGAACGACUAUGUCAUCUCGACGAAGAUCAACUGGGGCGCUGCAAACGGUGACAAUCCUGUCAACAAUGGCGGUUUGAGCAGGAAGCAUCUCGUCGAGGGCACGAAUGCUAGUCUGGAAAGACUUGGACUCGAGUACGUGGAUCUCCUGUACGCACACCGCCCGGACCGGAACACGCCGAUGGAGGAGGUGGUGCGGGGAUUCAACUUCCUGAUCGACCAGGGCAAGUGCUUCUACUGGGGCACGAGCGAGUGGAACGCAGACGAGAUUGAACGGGCACAGCACAUCGCGACCAAGCUGAAUAUGGUGGGGCCGUUGAUGGAACAGCCGCAGUACAACAUGCUGGUGCGGGAGCGGGUCGAAAAGGAGUACCAGUUGCUGUAUGAGGAGUAUAGCAUGGGUCUGACGCCGUUCAGUCCGUUGAAGGCGGGUAUCUUGACCGGGAAGUACAAUGACAAGAUUCCUGAGGAUUCGAGAUUUGCGCAGUCGGACGACAACUUUGUCAAGAUGAUGCGCGAGAGGUUCCAAACCGAUGAGUGGCAGCAAGAGGCGAAGAAGGUGGCAUCCUUGAAGCCUAUCGCAGAGAAGCUCGGCACUUCGCAGACGAGGUUGGCGAUGGCGUGGGUGCUGAAGAACCCGAAUGUGUCGUCUGCCAUCACUGGUGCCAGCCGGCCGGAGCAGGUGUACGAUUCGAUUAAGAGCUUGGAGCUGUUGCCGAAGAUGACGGAUGAGAUUAUGAAGGAAAUUGACGAUGUGCUGGGCAAUAAGCCUGCGCCGUUGACGAGGCGGUUUGGUUGA